AAUUAAAGAAGCCCUCAAAAAAUACAGGCUGGAUAGGGUAGCAUACUCGAUGCUUGAAGGGUAUUACAGCAAAAAUAUCUAAGCAGACCGAAAGAUGAAAAAUGAGAUGUUUCGCUAGUGCAAAUCUAAAAAUAUUUAAAUAAUUUUAAUGAAAAUAUAUCAGAUUAACAUAAAAUUUAGUAAGAAAAAUUACAUAGUUGAUGUGCAACUUUCCUAAUGCUCCAUCCGCCAUAAGACUUGUACAUUGAGCAGAGAGGGAAAAAAAAAAAAAGGAGCAAUGCAUAUGUCAUGGAGCUAGUGUGAUGAGGAUUAAAGUCUAGGCUUUAUAGACCACUGAGCCCCAGCUAGGGCAAUAAGCAUGGUUAUCAGAAAGGGGAAAACUUGAAACCAAAAUGCUUUGGGUAGUAAAGCUAGGAUGUGUAAUGACGCAUCCCAUGCAUGUGCAUGCCCAUUUAAGUGUGAAAAAGUGGAGGAGGACUUCCUAUGCCUAUUUGCACAUGCCCAUUUAAGUAUGACAAAGUGGAGGAGGACUUCCUUUGCCUAUUCCCGAGCGAAGGGUCGACAGAACCUUGUCACGCUUGUAGGCACGUAUCAUGGAACGAAGCCUCCUCUUUUUACUUUUUUCUAUAUUGACUUUGUUCUCCUAUGUUGUCAGACACUCCAAUUCAUCCAAUUCUCGCCUGCAAGAAACGUUUUCUCCUUCUUCCCAACUUUCCUCCCUCUUCCUUCUUUAAUAUAUCGACCUCUACCUGAUCACCCAUCUAUAUAAUCCUCUCUCCUCCACUCUCCCCCCUCAAUUCCAGCCUUCCAACCGCUCUCUCCUUCUCUCCUCUCAUGGCAAGUGCAAUUAGAGCACGACUGAGCCAACAAGGUUGUUGUGAGAGGCCGGCGACGCUAGCCUUGCGCAAGGACUCGCAUGCGAUAUCAAAGAUGAAGCCAAAGAUCAGAAUAGUGCACAUCUUCGCGCCUGAGAUCAUAAAGACCGACGUCGAGAACUUUCGGGAGCUCGUGCAGCGGCUCACCGGGAAGCCCAAAAGGAGAAAUGGUGGUAAGAAGAAGGCAGCACCGGGCAUGGUCAAUUCAACCGAGACCAUGGGAAUGAGACAGGGCCACCGGGACUCAUGGCGUGGAGAGAGAGCUGAAGGGGAGUUGCAGGAAGAGAAGAGGGAGCUGUGGAGGGAGGUGAGCUCAGGUGGGUUCUUGAGUGGGUUCAGUGAUGUGGAUGGCUUCUUCCAUGGUCUCGGUGAUUUCCCGCUGCUUCCUUUGAGCUCUUCCGAUAUGGGUGUGAUUGGAGAGGCACGUAUCUCCCGAAAAGAAGGGAAUUAGGUUUGGACGUCUGGAAUUUGCUUUACUUGAUGGUCUCUACCCUUGUACUGUUUCUUUAGAAUGUGGGAUUUAUAGCUGGGUUUGAGUUAUGAUACUAUUACUUCGGUACUGAACUUAACCUUGUGAUGUAAAUACAUGAGAAGCAUACUAAUGUUUUCUUCGUUUUCUUACUUUAGCUUGAA